AUGACAGCACAAUCUGUUGGUCAUGCCGAGCUCAAGACGCGCGCUCGAGAGCGAGAUGAGGACAACCUAAAGCUCAAAGCGGAGAAUGAAGCACUCGGACAAAAAAGAGACCGGGACGCACAAAUCACAGCCGCGGUGAAUAGGGACUGGACAGCUGUGCAGCCGCACCUGGAUAACGUUCUAAGGGAGACCAAUGUUGUUCUGGUCCAGCAGCGAGACGUGCUUAUGAAGGAUCUGGACCAAGCCCAUAGAAAGAACGAUGAUCUACAAAAGCUGACACAGGGUCUCAUGGAAAAGCAAGAAGACUCAGAGUCAUCUAAUGUUGCAAAACUGGAAAAGGAGCAGCAAGAGCUUGUUCAGCUCCGAGUGAGGGUGUCGGCAUUGGGAAAAGCAGCCGAGCAGGCUGAUAUCCAGAGGAAGCGACUCGAACACGUCCGAAGGGCGGAGAACCGGGGAAGGGAAUUAAAGUUCGAGCCUGGAAACGACAAGCUCCGAGCCAAGGCUAAAGCUCUCGAGCUUACAUGUAACGACAUGAAACCUAAGAUCGCGAAGCUACAAGCGGUAGUACAGAGAGCUCGACGGACACGCGAGGCUUUUGUGCACCGCUGGGACGAGAUCAAGCGUCUCACCUACUCUACCCACAAGGAGCAGCAGCUACUUGCAGCAUUAGCAGAAAUCGUGAACGAGGAACUUUUGGAGUGA